UUGAGGACUGAUACAUCGACGACAGACACUAUGGUGUACAUAAAAAGCUGGACAGAUUUCGAGACGGCGGCCACAGACCUCUAUGCCAAAGGACCAACCAAGGUCCGCUAUCUGGUCAAAUUCCUACCAAAGACUGGGCAGCUAGCUCUAAAGCUAACAGAUGAUACGACCUGUAUAAAAUACAAGACAUUCUCCUCGAUCAUUCUGAACCGAUUCGAAUCCCUCAACCUCCGACUUCUAUCACAAAUGACCAACUCUCGUCCGAGGAUACAGCAGUCUACUCUAUCAGGCACAGCGGGUGGAGCAGAGAGAGCUACGAGUCCAGGAUUGGAAGGUGACGAUCCGAUGACUGGUGCAGGGAGCCAACCACCAGAACCAGCAUCAACGGACAAAGCGAGUGGAGGGGCUGCCGCCACGCCGAGUAAGAAGGGCACAGCUGGUAGCACAGGAGGCGGAGCUGGUGGAGGAGGAGGAGGAAAGAAGAAGAAGAAGGGGAAGAAGUAGAGAUUCCAUGGUCCAUGUUCAGUGUAUCAUUACUAAUGAG